GGAGGGAGCCCUUGGUCACAAGCAUGCAAUACAGAUCCAUGUCCUCCAGAGUCCGCUAUGCUGCGCCUAGCGCAGCCCCGGAGCUUUCUCAAACCUGGAGUGACCGUAACAGUUUGCCAGGACACCGUAGAGGGGGCACGUCAGCGCUGCGACUUCCUCCAGACGCCGCCUCUGAUUGGCUCCCGGGCAUAUAAGAAACCGGUGAAUGAGCGGCUGGCCCUUGCAGAAACUUGCUGGAGGUCUUUGGGUGGCAUUGCCCCUUCCUCCUAGUCAGCCCGGCGGGCGAGCGGAGCCAGGGGGAGGAUGAGGUCGUCCUGUGUCCUGCUCACCGCUUUGGUGGCGCUGGCCGCCUAUUAUAUCUACAUCCCCUUGCCCAGCUCCGUGUCCGAUCCCUGGAAGCUGAUGCUGCUGGACGCCACUUUCCGGAGCGCACAGCAAGUGAGUAACCUGAUACACUACCUGGGUCUUAGCCAUCAUCUGCUCGCACUGAACUUUAUCAUCGUUUCUUUCGGCAAGAAAAGUGCAUGGUCAUCUGCUCAAGUGAAGGUGACCGACACUGACUUUGACGGCGUGGAAGUCAGAGUGUUUGAAGGCCCUCCAAAGCCAGAAGAGCCGCUGAAACGCAGCGUUGUUUACAUCCAUGGAGGAGGCUGGGCCUUGGCAAGUGCAAAAAUCAGGUAUUAUGAUGAACUGUGUACAGCAAUGGCUGAGGAACUGAAUGCUGUCAUUGUCUCCAUUGAAUACAGGCUGGUUCCAACGGUUUAUUUUCCUGCGCAGAUUCACGAUGUUGUACGUGCCACAAAGUAUUUCCUGCAGCCGGAAGUCUUACACAAGUAUUCAGUUGACCCAGGCAGAAUUGGCAUUUCUGGUGACAGUGCUGGUGGGAAUUUGGCUGCUGCCCUGGGCCAACAGUUUAAUCAAGAUGACAACCUAAAAAACAAGCUCAGAGUGCAAGCUUUAAUUUACCCAGUUCUUCAAGCACUAGAUUUUAACACACCCUCUUAUCAGCAAAACAUGAACACCCCAAUCCUACCCCGCUAUGUCAUGGUCAAGUACUGGGUGGACUACUUCAAGGGCAACUAUGAUUUUGUCCAGGCAAUGAUAGUUAACAAUCACACUUCACUUGAUGUGGAAGAGGCUGCUGCCCUCAGGGCCCGUCUAAACUGGACAUCUCUCUUGCCCGCUUCCAUCACAAAGAACUACAAGCCUGUCGUGCAGACCACCGGCAACGCCAGGAUUGUCCAGGAGAUCCCUCAGCUGCUGGAUGCCCGUUCGGCCCCACUCAUCGCAGAACAGGAAGUCCUACGGCACCUCCCAAAGACCUAUAUUCUGACCUGUGAGCACGAUGUCCUAAGAGAUGAUGGAAUCAUGUAUGCCAAGCGUUUGGAGAGUGCAGGUGUGGAGGUGACCCUUGAUCACUUUGAGGAUGGCUUCCAUGGGUGCAUGAUUUUCACCAGCUGGCCCACCAACUUCUCAGUGGGAAUUCGGACUAGGAAUAGUUACAUCAAGUGGCUGGAUCAAAACCUGUAAAAGAGUCAAAUUUCCAAAAGGCUUGAGCCCCUCUUUACCUCUUGCACUGGCUUUGGAAAGACAUUCACUUUUUAGUCGACUGAUUUACCCUUGUUACUUGUGAGUUACAGAAUCUCUAUUUCCUGCAGACUUUAUGUUCACUUAAUUUUUAAACAUACUUCUGACUAACAUAAGUGCAAAAACAUCUGAAUCUAGUUCUCUAAGUGGGCCAGUCUCUCUGUUCUUAUUGUUUUAGCCAAACUACUGCUAAUAACUCACAGCAGCAGAAAGCAGAGCUAGGCGCUGGAAAUAGCUCUGGUCUUGCCUCCAUCAAGACGUUCUUUUUAGAAGAAAUUCUUCCAGCUGUGGAUGAUAGCGUGACCUUUAAUGAGUAAAGAAAUUGUGAGCUCUUCAACUUGUUAGAGUUUACUUUGAGUUCAGAGCAGUGUUAAAUGUGUGCACUUUAAGGUCAGUGCUGGGUACCAAGUGCCCUCUGUUCUUUAUGGCUGGAUGGCUUUAUUUCCUAUGGGAAUUUUGGCGAAGGUAUUCUAGCAAGGAUAAGUUUCUCAAAUGACUUUCUUCCUUUAGUGUGUUAAUUUUAUGUGAUAGCUGUCUGUAAGUCCAAAUGGAUUAUGAUAAUCUUGAAGGUUACUUUCUACCACUAUUAGAAACUACGAGGUUGCAUGCACUGAGUAUCUUGUGUAUCAUUAUGUUUUUUGGUUAUGCCAUCUCCUUUGGGGAGAUCUUUUGGGAGCAAAUUUAUUUAGAUUUAGAAUAAAUUUUCCAUUGCAGAACAAGUGAAAACAGAGAAAUGAACCAACCCAUUUUUUCAUAAUGAGUACUUCUGACAUAAAUUACCAAGAGUGGUGUGUAUAUAUUUGGCAUAGACAGAAAAGAUGAUAUGCUUAAUAUUAAAAUUAUGAAAAAAA